AUGGCUGAUACCUCUGCCGAAUAUGACACAACUGAGGAGUGGGAAAUUUUCUCCAAGAAAGAGAAUCGUCCCAUGACGUUGCGAUACCUCUUCGCACUUACCCGACCAGACUUCUUGGUCCAAGAGAGUACUGGAGCUGGAACGCAAUGGCAUAACGAUUUCAUCGAGGUGAACUUUGAGGACAUUGAGGAGUGGCAGGACUUCAACGAAGGCAAUGUCAAUACCGCAUUUCUCAGCGCCAUUGACCAUGCGGUUCCCUUUAAUGAAAACCUCGAGCUCCCCUUUGACUACAUGGAUCAUACUGCCCGUAUACGCGAGGAAAAGGAUGUCGAUAAGUACUUUCUCAAUGUCAUCGGUCCCAUAUUAAGCCACGCGCUUGGUCACAGCGCGGGAAAGCUGUACGAAGGUACUCAGAAUCCAGUUUCGCUCAAAUUGAGAGUCCCUUACAAAAAGGACGCAUCCAAGGUUACGCUUCCUCAGUAUGCGAUGACCAAUGCUACACACCAUCUCAAGAAGCCAAAUUUCCCAAUCUAUCUCCCUGCAAAGUCUAUGCCUCGAUUGACGCCGAGAAAGGACAUAAUACAUGUCAUUGGCGAUUCUGCAAGGAUAAAAUCGCUGGAUCCCACACGUUGUUUCGCGAAAGCAGCGCACUAUAAAAGCUUUGGCCGUAAUCAUAUCGGCAAGCUGGCAAUGUAUACAAAGGGCGCGGGCACAUGUCUCGCUUUCACCAUGACCCAUAUUGGAGUCACCGUAUUCCGCUUCUUUAUCGUGGACGGUACUUCUCGGGUGGGUGUGCAGCAACGCACGUUUCCUUGGUGUCCAAAGCUUGUAGCGUCCACAGAGGAGAACGUAAUAUCGGGGAUCAAGGCGAUUUAUGUCCUCAUGGUCAUGUCUCUCUUUCCCGAAGGGCACGCUAUCCAGGAGCGCUCCCAACUCCGUUCGCUGGCUGAUUGGCCCAAGAUCAAGUGA